AGGUGGCACUGACUGGCACUGAUGGGUGACAUUGAAAGGCAGCUAAGAUGGGCACUGAUAUGUGGCAUUGAUGUGCACUGGUAUGCACUGACAUGUGGCACUGAUAGGCACUGGCACAAUGAGCACUGACUGGUGGCACUGAUGGACACUGACAGGUGGCACUUCUGGGGCCACACUGAUCAUCAGGGCACACUGAUCAUCACUGAUUACCGGCUCUCCUCUCCUCUCGAGCUGUCAGCGUGACAGCUCGAGAGGAG